UUCAAUCUUUAAAAGAAAUCUCCCUCUCUCUCUCUCUCUUUGCAAAACCUAAGCAACACUCAAUUAAAAAAGUUGCAAAUAAAAAAAAACUAUUUGCAAAACCAAAAAUGGGAAACUGCAUGAAGCAUCAAAAAUACGCGACGGACGACGAGGAUGAUUGGGAUUUUCAGGCAUCAGAAGGUGACUCUCCGGCCAAAAGCAACUACACCGGUGCCAAAGCAACGACUGAGGUGAAGAUCAAGAUUACAAAGAAGCAGUUAGAAGAGUUGUUAAGCAAAGUGGACAUAAAAGAGUUGAGAGUGGAACAAGUUUUAGCCCAAUUGAUGAACCAUAGUAAUGGCUACGAAUCACUUCAAAGAUCUUGGAGACCAGCACUUCAGAGCAUCCCUGAAGCUGAUUGAGCUUGAAUUAGAUUAGUUUAGGUAUAUGAAGUUGAUGAAGAUAAGUAUUGGCUUAUUGGGUCAAUCUUGCUUUUUCAUUUCAUUGAAAGAAAAAAAAUAGGGAAUUUGAGAAUUUGUAUUGUACUAUAUAGGAAAAUUAAAUGGUUAUUACAUUCUCUUAUUCUUUGUACAUACAAAAAGAAAUGGAUUUCAUGUUGUCACACAUUUA